AUGAAAUAAGCUUAGUUCACAUAAGUCAGUGCGGAGCGCAUGUCAUGUGAGGAAGUGAAGUUCGAUGAAUAGUUUACUUAUAUGCACCUAAAAAAUGGGAUGUUGCUACAGUAGUGACGACGAUAAAGAUGACGGGCUCAUCAGUCCUACGGAGAGAACUCGUCUCCUCAACCCGUCCCCUCCUGACCACAAUCAGCCAAUACCUGGAGAGCGGAGUGGGUCCCAGUACACCCAGGCAUCACAGAAGGGCGACGAGCAGUCGGCACUGAGCCGCAUCCUCAACAAGACUGCCCGAGAUGUGAUAGAUGUAACAUCCACAGACUCACAGACGAUGGAGCAGCAUGAGUACCAUGACAGAGCAAGGCAAUACAGCAAUCGCCUGAAUAUGGUGAUGAGUGGCCAUGGACGAUCUAAGUUAUACCGUCCAUCACUGCCCAACGGGAUUUCAGCCCCACAGAUGGUGCUGGCUGCCCCUCCAGUUACCCUAGCAGACAUACAGAUGAUAACGAGUGUGGCAGCCAAGGCCGCCAAGGCGCUGAAAGACGUGAAGAUCCAACACAGAGAGGACCUGGUGGUGGCAUUCGGCGUUCCAUGAUUCUGUUGCCGACCAACUUCAUCGCGACACAGUUGCCCAUUUAAUUUGUAAUCAUUCUCUGGCUUUGUGUCAAGCCAGUGUGUAUACAGCAGCAUCUGCAGCUUCCACAUCAUCAUCAUCAUCCACAGCAACAUCAUGAUCCUAAUCAUUCCACACCAGUACUCUCCUGUCACCUUGUUCCAGGUCUGGAGUAGUGUUAUCUAUACAGGCACAAGCUUCUCUGUGCUAGCAUGUUUGCUUUGAUGACUAAAGUGACAUGCUUGCUGUGGUUGUUACUUGCAGUGCUACGUGAUGUUUAGGAGGAUGUUCUGUGUGAGCUGCUGGUUGACAACCUUGUGUAAUGAAUUACAUCUGAAUCUUGUUGAUUGAUGAAAUACUCAGUUCCUACAUGGCACAACUUGGUACGGUGAGGUGGGUGGUAUGGUGAGGCAGGUGGUAUGGUGAGGCGGGUGGUGUAAGUGUGGAGAUAUGUGAGAGCUUGAUAGGGUGGGUUGAGUGGGUGGUACAGCUUGGUAGGGUGAUGUAAGUGUGGGAUG